UAAUCUCAAUUGACUUUUUAAACGAGGCGGUUUUUAGUUUGAACGUAUGUAAAUUUGACACUAAUAGUUUAGCCCCAUGCGACCGCUGGAUUGAUUUGGGAAAUCUCCUUUCGAAAACACGAGCCGCUGUGGAAGACAACUACCGGCCCCCCUCACUCAGAAUGCCUUGCCACAAUCAGCAAAUGAGCAAUGUCAACACCAACCAGGAUCACCCUAUGAAGCAAGUGCGCUUUGCCACAAACAGCAGCGGCAAUGUGGCAGCUGUGUUGUCGACUUCUGAGGCAGGUGAUGCCAGCAGCAGACAGCCCAUAAACCAGGACUCCUUGGGACCCCAACUCAAACUGCUUCCACUCAAUGACCAGAUCAGAGAAUUACAGACUAUUAUUAGAGACAAGACUACCAGCAGAGGGGAUUUCGUGUUUUGUGCUGACCGACUGAUUAGACUUGUAGUCGAAGAAGGAUUGAAUCAACUGCCUUACUCCGAGUGCACUGUAACCACACCAACAGGAUAUAAAUAUGAUGGAGUGAAGUUUGAGAGAGGCAACUGCGGCGUCAGCAUUAUGAGGAGUGGUGAGGCCAUGGAGCAGGGUUUGCGAGACUGCUGCCGCUCCAUUCGUAUUGGCAAAAUCCUCAUCCAAAGUGACGAGGAGACCCAGAAAGCCAAGGUUUACUAUGCCAAGUUCCCUCCAGAUAUUUACAGAAGAAAAGUGCUCCUCAUGUACCCCAUCCUCAGUACUGGGAACACUGUGAUUGAAGCAGUGAAGGUACUAAUCGAGCACGGAGUCCAGCCCAAACAUAUUAUCCUCCUCAGCCUCUUCUCCACACCUCACGGGGCCAAGUCUAUCAUCCAGGAGUUCCCAGACAUCACCAUAUUGGCAACAGAGGUUCACCCAGUGGCACCAACACAUUUUGGACAAAGGUAUUUUGGCACAGAUUAAAACCCAGGACCAGUUGAGCAACUUGAGCUUGUUAUUGUUUUAAGAACAGGAUGCGUUUUUGUCAACUUUAUUUAAAAAUGUUCAUGUUUUCAUUGUUGUCUUCAAAAGAAAAAAAAGAAAGAAAACUCGCUAUUUAUUCAGUUGAUUUGUUCUUGCUGUUUCUCAUAUGAAUACAAAAAUGCUGAGCCAUAUCAAGAUCACUUUAUUUUGCAUCUUGAUCAUUGAUUCAAUAAAGGAUUUAUAUUUGCUAUCUGAAAGACCACCCAAAUGGAAAAUAACUAUAUUUACUGACAGAGAGACACAUUUAGAUACAGUAUGCCAAAGACCAGUUUCAACUGGACCACAAGCUUUUGCAAAUGCUGCCUCGUGGUUGGGGGAAAAGUUUUUUUUAAUUGUUAGAGAUCCAGGUUUUUUUCAUACAAUGUGUGUCGCUGAUGGAUAGUCAUUGUAAAAAAAAAAAAAAGUUAACACUCUUGUUUCUUCAGUUUUUCUGAUUUUAAACGCCUGCUAUAACUGAAGGUGGAUUUGUGCAAAAAUAAUGACAAUACAAAUGCUGAUAUCUAGCCAUUUUCCAUUACUGUAUUUUCUUGAUGGUAACCAAAACUAAUGGAAUCCAAUUAAGCUUAAGCAUGUCAAAUAGAACAAAAUAUUUUGGAAUCCGCUGCAUUUUUGUCAAGCUCAUUGUAUUAUUCAGGUAAUAUGCCUUUCGUGGUACCAGGCUAUAAAAUGAACAAGAAAUUGAAGAAACAAGAUAUACAUAUAGUGGAUAUUGAACGGAAUCAAACGCCCUUAAAAUUACUGGGAAUACAAUAGCGUUUAAGCAUUUCAAAGAGAACAAAAUGUUAUGGAAUCAGCUACAUUUUUGUCAGGCUCAUUG